CAAAAUUCCGUUUCUCCAUUUCCUUCUUUAUUUUUUUAUUAUUAUUGAUAUUAUUAUUAUUAUUAUUUUUCCGCUCCUCUUUCCUUUUCUUGCUCUCUAUUCUCCUGGGAAAUUUCAUUUCAAUUUUCUCGAGAAAAGCACGUGAUGAACACCGGUUUUCUACAUACAUCAAAAGGAAAUUUCUUUGGCUGCUGUUGAUGGACUGUUAGUUCUGUGUGCUGCGUGUUAAGUUUGAUAAUGCAUCAAAAGGGCAGUUUUCUUGUUUUAUAUACUAUAUCUUAAAGGGUUCCGGUUUCCACUUUUAGUAUAGAAAGGAAGAAAGAGAGAAAAUCAAACAAAAUAUAAGGUUUUGUGGGAGUGGAGAUACUUCACACUGUCUGGAAUAUAGCAAAGCAUAGGGUUGAUCAAAUCAAGAGAAGAACAUUCUUUACAACCAUUUUCUAGUUUUCCGGAGAAUGGGUUUGAUGGAUGUUCUAUGUUCUUGCAUAUUUCUUUUUACUGUCGUUGAGUCCACUAGCAGAUCUGGGAGUAUGUGGCCCAAUAUAGGCGGGGAGUCCACAGGAACUGUUAGCUGGACAGUCUUCAGUGCAAGUAUAUUUGUGCUUGUUGCCCUUGUCCUCUCCAUGUACCUAAUAUUCGAGCAUUUAGCUGCCUAUAAUCAGCCCGAGGAGCAGAAGUUUUUGAUUGGUCUCAUUUUAAUGGUUCCUGUCUAUUCAUUGGAAUCGUUUUUGUCACUAUUGGAUUCCAGUGCGGCAUUUAAUUGUGCAAUUAUCCGGGACUGCUAUGAGGCUUUUGCAUUAUAUUGCUUUGAAAGAUACCUGAUAGCUUGCCUAGGUGGUGAGGAGAAAACAAUUCAAUUUAUGGAAAGUAUGAGCGUAACAGACUCCAGCACUCCUCUCCUGAAAGAUGCAUAUGCAUAUGGAGUUGUAGAACAUCCAUUUCCUUUAAAUUGGAUCUUAAGAGACUGGUAUCUCGGCCCUGACUUCUAUCAAUCUGUGAAAAUUGGCAUCGUUCAAUAUAUGAUACUGAAAAUGAUCUGUGCAAUGCUGGCAGUGAUCCUCCAGACUUUUGGGGUUUAUGGAGAGGGGCAGUUUGAAUGGAGAUAUGGGUAUCCCUACUUGGCAAGUAUUCUUAAUUUUAGUCAGACCUGGGCCCUGUAUUGCCUCGUACAAUUCUAUUCUGUCAUUAAAGAUAAACUGGAGCCAAUUAAACCAUUAGCCAAAUUUUUAACAUUUAAAUCAAUAGUCUUUCUAACGUGGUGGCAAGGAUUGGCUGUAGCAUUUCUUUUUUCUAUGGGAGCAUUUCAGGGGUCACUUGCUCAAGAGCUGAAAACACGUAUACAAGACUAUAUCAUCUGCAUAGAGAUGGGCGUUGCUGCUGUUGUGCACCUUUAUGUUUUCCCUGCAGUACCUUACAAAAGAGGAGAGCGAUGUGUCCGCAAUGCAGCGGUGAUGGCUGACUAUGCAUCACUGGGGACACCUCCUGAUCCUGCAGAGGUUCGUGACUGUGAGCGUUCAACUAGAAUGCGGUUUGGUCGUCAAGAUGAGAAAGAUAAGAAACCUAUGAAGUUUACACAUAGCGUCUGUGAUGUGGUUCUUGGAAGUGGUGAAAUUAUUGUUGAUGACAUGAAAUUUACAGUUUCACAUGUGGUAGAGCCGGUUGAAAGGGGCAUUUCAAAGAUAAACAAAACCAUUCAUCAAAUAUCAGAAAAUGUAAAACGACAUGAUGAAGAGCGGAAGAAAAACACUAAGGUCAAGGAUGAUUGUGACCUCGUUCCCCUGCAUUCAUGGAGAACAGAGUUUUCUGAUGUUCAUGACAAACUUGUGGAAGGAAGUGUCAGUGAUAGUGGUUUGACUAACGGAAAGAGACAUAUCCAAUCCAAGGGGUCAGCCUCCAGGAUGAGAAGAUAGUACUUAAUAUUUUAUCAGUUCAACAACCUUUAAUUUUGCACAUAGAGAAAAGUUCUUUUAGAUUUUGGUGUAGGGUGGAAAACUCAAAAUAGGGGGCUGAGAAUCUAGUGAGUCUUUAAAGAUGUGUAAAUAUAAUGGAAGAGAUAUUGUUAUGUACAGGGCUGAUCUAAAUUCCCACGGUUAUAAAAGGGUGAGACUGAUUUUAUUGUCCACACAACCUUGGAUAUAUUGAAUGAAUUGAGAAGAAAACUCGACAUUUUUAGUACAAUAAAAGUAUAUCAACCUUGUUAUUCUGUUGAGAAUAUUAACAUGAUUUUACCGAUAUAAGGCAGUCAUGUUAGGAGCUGCGUGUUUUAA